AUGCGUGUAUUUGUGUUAGUGAGCUGCUUGAUUGCGGGCGCUUUGGCGCGUCCUGAGGCGCCGCUUGCAGGUUAUACCUACAAUGGAUUACUGCAAAAUCCCGCCUCACUGCACCAGCAGCUGCCCUCCGAGCAUGCCUUUGGCAACUUUGCCGCACCACCACCGACCACUUAUGGCACACCGCUCGCCGGUGAGCCCACAUUGAACAACAUUGAGCAGCCAGCCGAAGCAGCCGGACCCGAAGAUGUCAAUCAGCAGCAGUACCAGGCGGUUCAACCACUACCACUCGAUCAGCAAGACUCCUACAAUGCCGCCUACCAACAGUCGAGCAUAGCACAAGAGGGCGGUUACCCUUACGCACCACAGCCGACCACUGUGCACAAGCAUGUGUACGUGCACGUGCCACCCAAGGAUUUCGAGGAUGAGGAUGUGAUCGAGACACGCGUGCGUCAUGCCCCAGCCGCCAAGCAAAAGCACUACAAAAUCGUUUUCAUUAAGGCGCCAGCACCACCAUCCAUUCGUCCACCAGUUGUGCCACCACCACCACAAAACGAAGAGAAGACACUCAUCUAUGUGUUACACAAGAAACCCGAAGCCACCAAGGAUAUUGUUAUACCCACAGCGGCACCAACCAAACCCUCCAAACCGGAAGUCUACUUCAUCAAAUACAAGACAAAGAAAGAGGAAGCUCCCGUCUAUGGACCACCACCACAACAGCAAAAUGAUAACAACAAUGACAAUGGCAAUGGCAACAACAACUUUAUCGCUGCCGAUAUGGAUCCUCGUCAUGCUGAUUUGCCUGCCGCUGAGUAUGGCGCUCCUGCAGCUGAUGAGUUCGCUGCUGAUCUCACUGCGCCACUCACUACCAUUCAGCCUGCCUUGGAGUCGGAGCAGCCGCAAUCGCACGACCAACAGCCACAGUUCGUAAACGAUUUGCCCGCCGAUGCCUUUGACUUGCCAACUGCAUUGCCCUUUGCCGCCGGCGAGCAGCCACAGCCCACCGUCCAGGCGCCCAGCAAUCAAUACUUGGCUCCGGAACCCAUGGCACCCAUCGUGGUGGAAGAGCCCACUCACUUGCCAUCGUCCAGCUAUGGACCACCCAGCAACCGCUUCUUUCUGAAGAAGAAGUAA